AUGUUUGUGAUUUUUCAUGAGUAUAAUGAUCCACCAAGUUAUCCAGUGACAACACUUUGUGGAGGGAUUGAUCAUGGUGCACCAAAAGGAAGUCAUGUUCUUGAUCGAAUUCAUGCAGGCAUUGUUGCCUAUGAAGGAAAUUUGUCUUGUUAUAACACAAUCUACACUCCUAGUGAAAGUGACAUGGGAUGGGCAUGGCAAACAUGCAGUGAGAUGGUGACACCUAUACGGCGUGACGAAAAUGACACAAUGUUCUUUUCAGAACCUUUCAAUUUGGAUGAAUUCAUGAAAGAUUGCAAGAAAAAGUAUGGUGUCUCACCACGUCCACAUUGGAUCACAACUUAUUAUGGAGGACAUGACAUAAAAUUAAUUCUUUAUAAGUUUGCUAGCAACAUCAUUUUCUCUAAUGGGCUAAGAGAUCCUUAUGGUAGUGGAGGAAUUUUGCAAGACAUAUCUCAUAGUCUACCGGCUGUCUACACACGUAAUGGUAUGCCAUUAUUUACCCUUCAUGUUCUUUCUGAUAUCUCGUAUAAAUGAGAGGCGGAGCCAGGCUAGUAAUAGGGGUUCGUUCGAACUCCUUCGAUGAAAAAAUAUAUUAUUAAUACAUGAUUAAAAUUGAUUUUUAUGAAUAUACCAUAGAUGUUGACCCCCCAGGUGAGUUUUUCUUUAGAUUUGAACCCCUCAUCAACAGAAAUUCUGGC